UGCGUGAGAAAAUUUGAAUCAUUUUUUUAAUUAAGAAAAUAUAAUGAUUCUUAAAUAUUCUCUAUUUUUAACAUUAGAAUUAAUAUUAUUUGUUCAUUUUUACACACCUGUUUUUACAAAGAAGCAAAAUAAACUUAGAUUUUGCAUUGUGAAUAGUUUCCACACUCGCAAAUCAAUUGAAAAUGUUUGCCAAAAUCUAGUUCAAUCAAAAAAUAACAAAGUAGAGUGUGUUGUUGAAACUGAUAGGACCCAAUGUCUAAGGAUGUUAAUAAACGAUCAAGCAGAUUUUAUGUCAGCGGAACCGGAAGAUUUAAUAGUUCUUGCAUUAAAUAAAGAGAAUAAUAAUAAAAUUCUAGUCACACAUGAAUUGAGAGUAUGGGAAAAUGAGUAUUCUAGUUUUAAGACAGUUGUAGUAGUGAGAAAAGACAUUGAAAAUUUAUGGCAUACAGAAAAUAGGCAUCUCUGUUUACCAGGUUUCGAAAAAAAUUCUGUUCUUUUAGAUUACAUAAAAUUUUUAGAGACAAAAUUCGUCUCAUCUGACUGCAGUCUAGAGAAGAGUUUAUUAGAGAAUAGAUUAUCAGCAUUAUCACAAUAUUUCGAAUCCGCUUGCAUCAGUGGUCCAUGGACGAAUGAUGAACAACUUGACAUGCAAAUGAAAAAGAAAUACGGAAAUUUGUGUUCACGAUGUAAAAAUAGUCAAGAAUGCUCAAAGGAUGAUAAAUUCUAUGGAAAGGAAGGUGUUUUAUUGUGUUUAACAGAAGGUGGAGGUGACAUUGCAUGGGCGAGAUUAAAAUUUGUUCGAUAUCACUUUAAACGAUUCGGAGGCGAAGAGGAUUACAGAUUUCUCUGUCCCGAUGGGUCGAUAAGAAACUUAUCUGACGAUCCUUGCGUUUGGUUUGAAGAACCUUGGAGGACAACCAUCGCCAGAAAAGCAGUCGCUGAGAGAGUUUCGAAAUUUAUAUCCGAUCAAAAUAAUCAAGUCGGAGAUUUUUUGACACUUUUGCAAUAUGAUCUUCACAGAACACCGAUCAGUACUGAGGCACUUAAAACACCAGAGGAUUAUUUCAAAUUAUCAUUUCCUGAUUAUUAUUCUCUUAAGGAUUAUUUACAAUGUAAACCAGAUCGACGUAUGAAAUGGUGUGUCGUGACGAAUUUAGAAGUCGAAAAAUGCAAUUGGCUCUCGUACGCAGCGAAUAGUUAUGGAAUAGAGCCAUUAAUUGAAUGUGUGCAGGAAUUAAGUAGAAAAAAUUGUCUAGAAUCGGUGAAAAAUAAAAUGAGCGAUAUUUUCGUUGUUAAUUCAUCUGAAGAAUUUGAAGCCAAAAUAAAAGGUUUAAGGCCAAUUAUUCACAUGGUGACGAAGAAGAAAAAUCAAACAGUCGCAUUGGUAAAAAAAUAUUCUGAUUUACAAUCGUUCACAGAUUUGAAAAAUCUAAAGGCUUGUUUUUCGGGUUACAGAGAUAUUGGAUGGAAUACAUUUAUUUAUUUGAUGAAAAAUUUGACUGGUGAUAAUAAUUGGUAUUGUAAAGACAAGGAAAUGGUUUCUCAAUUUUUCAAAGAAAGUUGCGUGUUUCAAUUAAACGCACAGGACUUUUCCACUUUUCCAAAGAAUCUUUAUUCACUUUGUUCGCAUUUAAAUUUCGGUAAUAGAAACAUUACAAUAAAAAAUUGUUUGGAUUCUGACGUGGCCGAUGUAUCUUUUUUGAAUUUUAACUCAGCAACUCCACUUUCAUCAAAAUACUCAGAGGUGUACUAUAGGACUCUUUGUAGUAACGAAUUUGUAGAUAGUUCUAAUAAGGAACGAGAGUGCAUUUUAUCAUGGUUAAUACUAGGAUCGAUUAUGGUAAAUAAAAAUGUAUCUUCCUCGAGGGAAGAAGACAUUUUCCUGUUAUUUAUGGAUCUUAACGGAUUGUUCGGUGAAACUUAUCAAGGAACGACUCCUUUAAUGUCUCUUCAUGGUCCAUUUGAAAAAAAGGAAAAUAUUAUCUUUUCAGAAUUCAGUGAAUUUACGAGAGACUUAAAUAAAAAAGAUCGAACAUUGCAUUAUAACGAAAUUAUUGAAGACUUGAAAAAAUAUCAAUUGUGCAGUGAAGCUGAUUUUUUACGAAAUUUUAUUUACACUUCGAUUUUUCUACCAAUUAUUAUUAUCAUCUUGAUAAACAUGGUGUUUAAAGAGUGGAUUAUUUUAUUGACAGUCUGUAGCUUUGCUUUUAAUUUGCAAUCGACCGUUUUCGCCGAAAAACAAAAAAUUCGAUAUUGUGUGGUGGAUGAUACAAUACCCCAUGAAAUAAAAAAUUUGGAAACUUGUCCCCUUUUAGUGGAUAUAGAUAAUUCUCCAGUUACAUGUAUAAUCGCCGUUGAUAGAGUGUCCUGCUUACGACAUUUACUAUCGGGAGAAGUUGAUUUCCUUAUUGCCGAACCGGAAGAUCUUAUGAUUUAUGCAUUCGCUGAGGAUUAUAAUAAUAAAAUACUUGUGACUCAUAUUAUACCUCAAAUGUCUAUAGAUCUACCGAGUCAUCAAAUGGUAGUAAUUGUUCGUAAUAAUAUAGAGGAUAUUUUCCAUACCGAGAAAAAACGUUUCUGUUCACCUGGAUUUGAGCCGGGCGUUAUGGUUCGAGAUUACGUUAAAUAUUUUGAAAGCAGAAUAACGCCACGAAAAUGUGAUCCAGAAAAAUCUUUGCUAGAAAAUAGAAUGGCUUCUUUAUCGGAAUAUUUUGAAUCCGCUUGCAUCAGUGGUCCAUGGACAAUUGAUUAUCAACGGAAUAAAAAAUUAAAAAAAACAUAUCCAAAUCUUUGCGCAGAAUGUGGAGAUCCCACGAAAUGUUCACAUGAAGAUUCAUUUUUUGGAAAAUGGGGAGCUUUGAAAUGUUUAUUGUCAAUGAAAGGCGAUGUUACUUGGGCUACUCUUCACGCCGUCCACCAAGAUUUACAACUAACAAACAAGGAUGAAUAUUCCUUCCUCUGUCCCAACGAAAAGACAAAAAAUUUAACAGACAAAGCUUGCGUUUGGCUCGAAGAACCACAGCGAACGAUUGCAGUCUCAAUGACCUCUGCCGAAAAAGUCGGAAGAUUCAUGAAAAACCCACAAAAUUCAAAUAUUCUAUGGAGGCUUUUUGUUGGAGUACCAAAACCAGUCGAAUUGCCAGCAACACCUCUCGAUUACUUACAAAGAUCAUUUCCAGAAUAUUAUUCACUAAAGGAUUACGCGAAAUGCACUCCCGAUAGAACGAUAAAAUGGUGUGUAACUACAAAUUUAGAAGCUGAGAAAUGUAAAUGGAUCUCGUUUGCUGCUCAAAGUCAUGGUUUAGAGCCUUUAAUAAAAUGUGUACAAGAAACGAGUCGUGAAAAUUGUAUGGAGUCGGUAAAAAAUGGCAUAAGUGAUAUUUUUGCAAUUGAAAAGAGCGAGGAAGUUGAGGCGAAAAGACGAGGACUUGAGGCAAUUGCAUAUAUGAUGAUGAACAGUGGACUCGAAGACAUAACAGUCGCCUUAGUACAUAAAUUUUCUAAUUUCACUUCCCUUCGCGCUCUAGAAAAUCACAAAGCGUGUUUUCCUGGCUAUCGAGAGUUUGAAUGGAAUACUUUUCUUUACGCAAUGAAAAAAUUAACUGGUUAUUCUGAAUGGUAUUCUAACGAUAAGGAGAUGGUUUCGAAAUAUUUCAACGAAAGUUGUGUUGCUAAUUUACAUAAUGGAAAUGGAUCAGAAAAAGAUUUCCCAAAAAAUUUGUAUUCCUUAUGUUCUCUAAGUACACAAACAAACGAGAAAAAUAUUUUGAGACAACCACGUAAUCCAACAAUGAUUGUGGAAAAAUUUGAAAUGCCCAAAAAAGAAGAAAUUGUAAAUUCAGAUCAAGCAAUGUUUAACUGCUUAAUUCACAAUAAAGCUGACGUGGCUUUUGUUAAUUUGAGUUCAUUUGUGAAUAUAUAUCCAGAACUGAUAGGAACUGUUUUCCGUGUUAUUUGUCUAAAUGAAUCGAAAACAAUAGAUCAUUGUUUUUCUGCUAAAAAAUCUCUAGGAUCGUUAGUUGUCAAUAAAAGCAUAACAGGAGCAAGAAAAGAUGAUAUUUACUUUAUGUUAUUGGAUAUUGAUCGAAUAUUUGGUAUCACUUACCAAAUAGUCAGCAAACUAAUUACUCUCUAUGGUCCUUUCAAUGGCACGAAUGGCGUCAUUUUUCCUGAAGGAACACAAUUUUUAGAUCCCAUAGCUUGUGAUUCGCCGUGUAAAUUAAGUUAUAAUGAAGUUUCUAAAGAUAUUUCACUCCAUUUUCAGAAUAAUACUGCUAACGUUUUACAAGUCAACAUCGCGAUUUUACUAAUUUUGUUUUUAAUAAUUUAAUUCUUUUACAUAAAUAAUAUUACAUGGAAAAAUUGUAUAUAGCAACAAAUACUAUUUAAGAAAAUAAUGUUAGUAUUAACAAUAAAAUGUAUAUUUUUAUUGAUAAAAACAUAAGUUAUUGUGUGUGUGACUCAGAUGAAUAAAUUAAAUUUACAAGUG